AUGCAGACGCCGACUCUGAGCCUGGGUGGGCUUGUGUACCCACCGCCCUACCCCUGCUCUCCUUUCUGCACCGACCACAGCUGCAAACCACCCCACAGCAAGACUUUCACCAUCGAUGCUCUCCUGUCGACCCCCGAGACCUCCCCUCCUUCACUGGAGAGGCAGGGCGCUCCCUGCUGCCCGUCCGGGGCUUGUAUCCUGGGCUCCACCGUCCCCGGGGUCACCCGGAGCCCACCGUCUCUGUACCCGGCGCUGGUGUACCCCCGCCCGCUCCAUCCAAUCUACUACGGAGCCUCUCUCCUCUACCGGCCCGGCAGCUGCCGAACGGGAGAGUGCUCACACGCUGGCAAAGUCAAGCGGGCAAGGACCAUCUUCACCCAUGACCAGCUCGCCCGUCUGGAGAAGGAGUUUGCCCGGCAGCAGUACAUGGUGGGGUCCGAGAGGUUCCUGCUGGCAACUGCUCUCCGUCUCAACGAGUCCCAGGUGAAGGUCUGGUUCCAGAACCGCAGGAUCAAGUGGAGGAAGCAGAGCUUGGAGCAGCAGCAAGCCAAGCUGGCUCGGCUGGGCAUGGAGGACGCGCAGCCCAGCCCCGACUCCCCCAGCAGUGAGGAGAGCUCUGGGACUCCGCUGCAGGCCGACGGUCGGUCCCCCCGGGGUCAGCGCACAGACUCCCACCGUCUCACCCCACCAGGGCUCGGGGGUAUCGGGCGCCGGCUGACGCUCCCUCCCUCACCCACCGGUUCACUGUCAAAUCCAUAG